AACGUCAAAUCUGAAACCCCGCCCGUCCGGUCCGCACUACAGAAAAAUAACCCGCGCCGCCGGCCGAGACGAGGCCGAGGGAGCCGCCGCCAUGGAGCAGCUCCUGGAUAGCUUUCCGCAGCCCGCGGUGUACGACGCCCUAUCCCUCCUGGAGCAGGUCAAAGCAUGCUUCGCGCCCGAUCCGGACCUCACCGCGGAGUUCCUCGACCUCUUCGCGCGCUUCAGCAGGGGCGAGAUCGUCGACAUCCCCGCCGUCGUGGCCAGGGCGUACGCGCUCCUCCAGGGCCAUCCCGACCUCAUCCAGCGUUUCGACACCUACAACCCCUUUCUCCGCCGUCCCGCUCAGCACGAAGCCGAGCCCGUCCGCGAUGAUCCGCCCAAGCGGCCCAAGAGGGAGCGCCGCCACCCGGCCGCUGCCGCCUCCGUCGACGCCGACUGUGCCGGGGCCAUGCGGUUCCUCGAGCGGGUGAAGCUGGCGGACGCCGGGUUCUACGACAGGGUCCUCGCGCUGCUCUUCCACGUGCGAUCGGAGGUCAAGCUCGACGCAAAUCAAAUCUACGACAGGGCCCGGGAGAUUUUCGGGCCGGCGCACAGCCGUCUCCUCCGCGGUUUCACGGAGUACCUUCCGACGGGGCGUGACUUUCUGAGGCGUCGCGCGCCCAAGAAGGAGCCGCCGGAAGAGCACCGUGCUCCUGCACCCAAGCGCAAGGCCCCCGCCGCCGGAACGGCCAUGAUCCGAGUCGACGUCGCCGGCAAGAAGAAACCCCGCGUCGACGAACGGAAGACGACCAACCAACGUGCCUCCCCGGCCGUCGAUGCCCCGAAGAGCGGCGACAAAUUCUCCAAGUUUAGGGAGGCGUGGGAGUUCGAGACCACGUACACCAAGCUGGUGGUCACGAUGAGACGCACCAAGAAAGCACUACAAGAACUCAAGCCAAAGAAGAAAUCACGGGAGGAAGCCGAGCCGGCGAAGGAACCGCCGGAAGAAAUCAAGCCGUCGCCGGGCCACCACGUCCGGCCGCGUACGUUCGAGGAACUCUACCCCAGCCGCGAGUGCCGGGAGGUUCUCCAGGAGAUGUACGGCGACAUGUUGGUACCGAUGCGGGAGGCGCUCGAGGACGGCGCGCGCACCGAGCUGGCUCUGAAGACGAUCAAGCGCAGGCUGAAGAAGCUGGAGGAGGUGGCCGUGAAGAUCACGAGGGAGCGGCGGGAUCCCGCCCGCGUUGAGCGCCGGAUGGCAGAGCUUGUCAUAGAUCAAGUGGUGCUUCUUCGGGGUCGGACGGAAAGAGCAGCGGCACGCAAUCCUGAUGGCCCGUGCGAGAGCCCAGCCGGCAUGUCCGAGACCAAGAUUGACAUGGACCAAGAUUUAAGAAAACAACUCCUGGUUCCUGUAAUGUAAGAAAACAACUUUUCAAGCCAUUUUUUAUCCAACACAUAAAUCUCUUCGGACUACUCUUGGUUCCUGUAAAUCCCCCCAAAAUGCAUGCUCACAAAAAAAUUACAUAGAAACAAGUCCUAGGAUUAAUCUGAUGUUUUUUACACUAUAAUAUUCAGCGAGUCAAAUCCACAAAAGGCUUUUAUAGUGAUAUAAACUUCAUUCCUACUAUUUUUCAGUCGACUAAAUCUCGGCACUCUUCUCGUGGGCUACCCGUCUUGGGUGCGGGGGGUUGCUUUUUUUCACCCAUGUGUACAACUCGACCCGGUUUAGUGUGUGAAUGUCUUUUUUUAACUAGAG